UUUUGAUAGUUUUGCAGCGCUCAUGCAACAUCGCCAACAGCCUACCCAAGACAGUCCAUAGACAGUCCGCUAUAUAGGUUCACUUGACUUGCAGUCUCUGUUCUCUGACGCCACUCAUGUUGAGGCGGAACGCAUCACACCCGAUCUGUUCAGCUUUAAGACUUUUGAAGCAUAGAUUUGAUAGUCGAAUUGUAGAAUAGUGUGUUAUUGCAGAGGACGGAAUUAAAUAAAUCCAAAUAACUCCAUGUACUGCUCAACGGCUACAGGAGUCCGUCUGCCAGUAAGAUGAGGUUGCUACAACGCUGACCGACAACACGUCUCACACACUGGAUCACAGUAACCUGUAUGCCACACACUCCUGCAGACCAAGAUGUGUGGAUCUGCCCUGUCUCGGUGGCUGAUGCUGUGUCUGCAGCUAUUGGUGAUGCUGGUUUUCAGGACACAAGGUGAGGUUAUCGCCCCCUCCAGCAUGACCGCUGUGGCGGGCCUCCCCUUCACGCUGGGCUGUAACAUCACCAUAGCGACUGGCGACACGGUCAAGCAGGUCCGCUGGCUGAACAAACACAAGCAGGUUCUCUUGGCGUACGAGCCGGGCGAGUCGGUCAGAACCACCUCCCACCAAGACAACGUGGAGCUAACUUCAUCGCACCUUAACGUCAGCGCCAUCACCAUCAAGAGGGCGGGGCCUAACGACGAGGGCUGCUACCACUGCAUCUUUGACAUCUACCCCAGCGGAGCACAGGAGGGAAAGACCUGCCUCAGUAUCGAAGUCAAAGUGGGCAACGAGGGUAAUAAAACAGCCAUCAGCGGGAAGCUGGCCACCAUGUCCUGCUGGUACGGCCUCCCAGACAGGGUACGCCAGGUCCUGUGGAGGAAGACUGCAGAGCAGGGCGACACGACCACGUUGGCCUCCUUUGCCAAGCGAGGCCAACCCAGCAUUGAGGAACCUUAUCGGGGACGCAUGACCCUGAACCCCUCCCUGGGAGACACCCAGCUGUCCAUCAGGCCGGUGAAGACGGAGGACGAGGGCUGCUACACCUGCGAGUUCCACACCUACCCAGAAGGCACCAGGAGUGCCACGGCCUGCCUCUUUGUAUAUGUGCUGCCCAACCCAGAGAUCACCUACAUGGCCUCCAGCGGGGUCAUCGAGGCCAACUGCACGGCCGCAGCCCGUCCUGCAGCUCAGAUGGUAUGGAAUGUGGAGGGGGACAACCGGACGCUGGGGCCGUCCGUGUCCUCAUCCUACGACCAGGGGGACGGCACCACCCUGGUCACCAGCACCCUCCUCCUCCAGGAGGGCCUGCUCCAUGACCUAUCCGUCAAAUGCAUGGUGCACCACCGAGGCCUGGACUCGCCCAUGUCCGUCAACCUCAAUGUUGGUCCGGCCCUCACUACUAUCAUCUCAGUAUCCUGUGUGGCAGCCCUGCUCCUGUGCUGUCUGUGUGUGUGCCUCUGCAAGUACUUCCUGUGCCGAGACUAUUGAGAUUUGACCUGGAAUGGUGGAAGAAGGACUGUUUUGAUGAAAAGCCAGAGUUCUGGUCAUCCAGCUAGGCCUAUCAGCUCCUCAGCACCAUGCGCUCCAUGUCUGUUAGGAGGAACAGCUCACUACAGUACUACACAUCACCAUGCGCUCCAUGUCUGUUAGGAGGAACAGCUCACUACAGUACUACACAUCACCAUACGCUCCAUGUCUGUUAGGAGGAACAGCUCACUACAGUACUACACAUCACCAUACGCUCCAUGUCUGUUAGGAGGAACAGCUCACUACAGUACUACACAUCACCAUACGCUUCAUGUCUGUUAGGAGGAACAUCUCACUACAGUACUACACAUCACCAUACGCUCCAUGUCUGUUAGGAGGAACAGCUCACUACAGUACUACACAUCACCAUACGCUCCAUGUCUGUUAGGAGGAACAGCUCACUACAGUACUACACAUCACCAUACGCUCCAUGUCUGUUAGGAGGAACAGCUCACUACAGUACUACACAUCACCAUACGCUCCAUGUCUGUUAGGAGGAACAGCUCACUACAGUACUACACAUCACCAUACGCUCCAUGUCUGUUAGGAGGAACAUCUCACUACAGUACUACACAUCACCAUACGCUCCAUGUCUGUUAGGAGGAACAUCUCACUACAGUACUACACAUCACCAUACGCUCCAUGUCUGUUAGGAGGAACAUCUCACUACAGUACUACACAUCACCAUACGCUCCAUGUCUGUUAGGAGGAACAGCUCACUAAAGUACUACACAUCACCAUACGCUCCAUGUCUGUUAGGAGGAACAUCUCACUACAGUACUACACAUCACCAUACGCUCCAUGUCUGUUAGGAGGAACAGCUCACUACAGUACUACACAUCACCAUACGCUCCAUGUCUGUUAGGAGGAACAUCUCACUACAGUACUACACAUCACCAUACGCUCCAUGUCUGUUAGGAGGAACAUCUCACUACAGUACUACACAUCACCAUACGCUCCAUGUCUGUUAGGAGGAACAGCUCACUACAGUACUACACAUCACCAUACGCUCCAUGUCUGUUAGGAGGAACAGCUCACUACAGUACUACACAUCACCAUACGCUCCAUGUCUGUUAGGAGGAACAGCUCACUACAGUACUACACAUCACCAUACGCUCCAUGUCUGUUAGGAGGAACAGCUCACUACAGUACUACACAUCACCAUACGCUCCAUGUCUGUUAGGAGGAACAGCUCACUACAGUACUACACAUCACCAUACGCUCCAUGUCUGUUAGGAGGAACAGCUCACUACAGUACUACACAUCACCAUACGCUCCAUGUCUGUUAGGAGGAACAGCUCACUACAGUACUACACAUCACCAACAGUUGUUUCCCCAGGCCCCACUGCGUGAACUGGACAUAAACCUUCAUCCCACAAGUGACAACAACAUCAACAACACUAAAGCCAUGUUUCUAUUAACAGUAGAUAUAGAGACACUUAUCAAAAUGUGGCUUUGAAGUUUAGUCUGUCGAGAAUGGUCCCAGAUCAGUUUGUAAUGACUUGCCAACUCCUAUAGUCAUUGUUACGCCAAUGGCUCAACAGAUCUGGGAUCAGGCUAUAAUCGGUCCACUCGAUGAAGAAAAAAAAGUCUAGGACAAAGGCCCUUAUUACAAAGUGCUUUAAAAGUAGGAGGUUUUUAAAUGAUACGUUCGCAAAAACGUUCUAAUUACACACUGUAAUGUUUUUAACAGUUACAGUGUGUUUAAGGACCAGGCUGCUUUUUUGUGUAGGAGUUCUCCUGUUAUUUGUUUGUGUGAUUUUGCUGCUGUUAUAGGGGGGGGGUUGUUGUGUGUGUGUGUGUGUGUGUGUGUGUGUGUGUGAGAGAGAGAUAUCUUUAUUUUAUGACUCAAAAACACACAAGUUGACUUCAUGGGAGUUCCAGUAUUAAAAUACAAUUGCAAUUUGCCAUGUAUAUUACAGCUAGCUAUAUGACAUUUAGAAUACAAACAAUAUCAUAUAUAUUUCUCAUGCUCAAUAUUUAACUUACAUAUUUACAACAGGGUAUGACAUAAUGUCUGUCUCGUGUGUGCCUUUCCUGUUGAAGCAUAUUCCUACCAUCUGCCCAUUUGAAUUGAAGGUGGAAUUAUAGCAGGAAAAUGGUUCCAUACUUUUCAGCCUGUUUAAACCUCACAACAGAUGUAGGAAUACAAAUGAAUUACUACUGUUUAUUAGCAAUAAACUCUUCAGCAUCUUCCCAAAGUCAGUAUUACAAACCCUAUAGUUUAACGUCACACCAAACAGCCUACCCAAAAUAGUCUAGACAACGAUGGAAGUUGACGUGAUUGUGUCAAUGAAAUAUGCCAUUAGAUGGCAGGUUGUGUAUAUCAGAAUAGCUUUUUAGUCCGCUGUCCCUAACAACACUGUGAAUAUUCCUGUUGCAGUGUCAAACAGCACUAAUAGUGAGCUUCGCUGUGUGUUUCUAAAUGAUGCCUGAGGAUUACUGGUGAAUAGAUCUACUGCGGCUUCAGAAAGUAAUCACCCUUUGUCUUUCUCCACAUGUUGUUGUGUUACAGUCUGAAUUUAAAAUGGAUUCAAUUGAGAUUUUGUGUCACUGGCCUAUUACAAAGUAAUUAAAAAUGAAAAGCUGAAAUGUCUUGAGUCAAUUUAGUAUUCAACCUCUUUGUUAUGGCAAGUCAAAAUAAGUUCAGGAGUAAAAAAUGUGCUUAACAAGUCAAAUAAUAAGUUGCAUGGACUCUGUGUGCAAUGACAGUGUUUAACAUGAUUUUUGAAUGACUUCCUCAUCUCUGUACCCCACACAUACAAUUAUCUGUAAGGUCCCUCAGUCGAGCAGUGAAUUUCAAACACCGAUUCAACAACACAGACCACGGAGAAUUUCCAAUGCCUCACCAAUAAGAGCACCAAAAAAGAGCUGAUCAAUAGCGGUGGGUAAAAUCACCGGGGAAGCCAAGCCAGGGGGAAAAAGCCAUUUUUCAACCUAUAUGUUGUGAUAAUUGCAUUGUUUGCUCUAUAACCUGUUAGUUCAUAUGCCUUGACACUGUGAUAUAUAGGCCUAAAGACAGAGACAAUAAGACACAGUGGCAGAAUAAAUUCAAUCACACCUUUGUUUCACCACAAAACCGGAGAGCGACAUCUGUCUGGAAAGCUUAUUGCAUGUAACAAACAGUUACAUGACCUACAGCAUGGUAGAACAAGUACAUUUUUCAGACAUUUUCAGACUACUAAACUAUUGAUUUAGAACCACAGAGAGUUACCGCAAGUCAAAGAAAACAAGUGCUGCCUCCACUAAUUCAGCACCAUUUCAACAUCUAAUCAUCUAUGCUUACUGUGAUCCUGCGACUACCGUUUCUCAGUAAAGUAUUAUGUUUAUCCUUAACCACUGAUUCCUGGUCUGGUCUCUUCUCUGCACCUGGGUCCAACCUCACCACGUCACAAAGACUUGAAAAUGGCUGUCUAGCAAUGAUCAACCACCAACUUAACAAAGCUUGAAUCAUGUUUUUAAGAAUAAUGCACAAAUAUUGUACAAUCCAGGUGUGAAAAACUCUUAGACUCACCCAGAAAGACUGACGGCUGUAAUCACUGGCAAGGUGAUUCUAACAUGUAAUGACUCAGGGGUGGGAAUACUAAUGUAAAUGGCAUAUUUCUCUAUUUCAUUUUCAACACAUUUGCUAAAAAUUUCUAUAAACAUAUGUUCACUUUGUCAUUAUGGGGUAUUAUGUGUAGAUGGGUGAGAGACUGUUUGGCGGGGCGGAGCAGGUGAACCCAAGUGCAGACUCCGACGUGGAGACAGGGAUAAGGUAUUUAUUGAAAAGCGGGGGGAUUGGGGUGCAGGCCAGGGAAAGCUCGGGCGGGUAGCAGGGAUCCAGGAACUGAGGCUGAGGCUGGGGCAAGGGGAGUAUGGGCAGGGUAAGCAAGUCCAGAGCGGAAUCCAAGGAAGCAGUAGUGCGGGGGUCCAGGGCAGGGAAGCAGGACUGACGAGACGUGGGACUGGAGACAGUGACCAGAGUCAGAGAGGACGGAACUGUAGCGGAGAGAAAAGCAGAGUCAGUCUAGGGAAAACCAGGCACAAGAGAAUAACAAGAUCUAUGCAGGAACAGCUUGAACCGCAGACUGACUGAGCAGAGUCUACAAACUAGCAGUGUGGAAGUGGCAGGGCUGAGUAUUUGUAAAGGCUUGAUUAUGGAACAUGUUGCAGCUGGUAGGGAUCUGCUCCGCCUCCAGCACAGCUGUCUCCAGUCACACAAUCACAUACACACACACACACACACACACACACACACACACACACACACACACACACACACACACACACACACACACACACACACACACACACACACAGAGGGAGAGAGCACUGGGGAAGUGGCGGCAGGUUAGGGAGACACAGGAUGAGAAGUAGAUGGCAUGGCAGGAGCAGAUGUAACAGAGAGAAAAAAUCUAUUUAAUACCUUUUUGAAUUCAGGCUGUAACACAACAAAAUGUGGAGUAAGUCGAGGGGUGUGAAUACUUUCUGAAGGCGCUGUAUGUACAGUAUGUAAUGCACUAUUACAGGACCUACAUGGACAAUUAAACCAUCCAGAGAUGCUCUUUAUUUCACUCUGUUGAUCUUCAUUAUCAAAUGAAUUGUUGCAGAUUACUCUGUUGCCUUUUGAAACUAUGCUUUUUAAAGUAUGUAUUAUGUGUUUAUGAUAAUCACCAUUGGAACCGCUCCUCCUUGUACCAGGAUCUGAAAGUCUUGCUUGACUCCAGAGAUGUUUGUGUGCCCCUUGCAACCUCCAAACGAUACAAGCAUGGCACCAGCCAGGUGCCAGAUUUAUCAGACCUAUGCUUUUUGAAGAUGUUUUAACUUUGAAGGGCUUUGUGAGCCAUAACAUACUUUUUGAGUGUGGGUGUGUUUACGGGUGUGUGUACCUGUAUGAAUUAGUGUGUGUUGUUCUUGAAGAUUAUUCACCAGGGUUUCACCACAAGAGUCCCUUUGGAAACAGAUGGUCAGAAUAGAUUGUAGGAGGUAAGCUAACAGAAAGCCCAUUCAGUCUGCCCCUCUUGUGCCCAGUUUGGACUCAAUGCUGUUUUUCUUGGACCAUCUGAAUGGCACUGCUUUUAAACAUAUCUACUCUUAAA